AUGUUGAUUUGGUACUUCCUCACCUCUAUUAUGCGCAAAAAACUCCAAACCCAAAACCAACGACCCGAAGAGACACGAGAAGAAUGGGUGAUUUGGAUCAAAGACAAGAUGAAGCAAGUACAAAGAGACGACGCCACAACUAUUUGGGACAAGCUCUGUAUCUACAGAGUUCCACAGUCCCUUCAGAAAAACGACAAAAAUUCAUACAUCCCUCAAACCGUCUCGCUUGGUCCGUACCACCACGGGGAUGAACAUCUCCAGCCCAUGGACUAUCACAAAUGGCGUGCGGUCAAUAUGGUCUUGAAACGUACCAAACAAGGCAUCGAAACGUAUAUUGACGCCAUGAAAGAGCUUGAAGAGAGGGCUCGUGCUUGCUACGAAGGUCGUAUAGAUAUGAGCAGUAACAAGUUCACCGAAAUGCGUCUUGAUGGUUGUUUUGUUCUCGAGCUCUUCAGAGGAGCCGAUGAAGGAUUCUCGAAACUUGAAUACAAUCGAAACGAUCCCGUUUUUGCGAUGCGAGGAUCCAUGCAUUCUAUUCGACGUGACAUGCUAAUGUUGGAAAACCAACUUCCUUUGUUCGUCUUAAACCGGCUAUUAGAUCUACAGCUCGGUACACAGAGCCAAACCGGUUUAGUGGCGAUAUUAGCAGUUCGGUUCUUCAAUCCGUUAAUGCCAACUUAUAUGCCAUCAACUAAAAUCGAGGACUCACAAGAAGAAUUGCACUGUCUGGAUGUUUUCCGUCGAAGUGUACUCCAGCCUAGUCUAAAACCGGAACCGAGGUUGUCCCGAAGUAGAUGGUCUUGGAAACCGCUCGUGGCGGACAAGCGCCAACAACAACUGUUACAUUGCGUGACGGAACUAAGAGAAGCCGGUAUUAAAUUCAAAAGAAGAAAAUCCGACCGGUUUUGGGAUAUUCAAUUCAAAAAUGGUUGUCUAGAGAUACCAAAACUACUUAUCCAUGACGGUACCAAGUCUCUUUUCUCAAAUCUUAUAGCUUACGAGCAGUGCCAUAUCGAUUCAACCAACGAUAUAACAUCCUACAUAAUCUUCAUGGACAAUCUAAUAGAUUCUGCUGAAGAUGUUAGGCAUUUGCACUAUUAUAAUAUCAUCGAGCACUGGUUAGGAAAUGAUUCAGAAGUAGCUGAUGUGUUCAACCGGCUAUGUCAAGAAGUGGCUUUCGACCUCGAAAACACUUAUUUAUCUGUAUUGUCGCAUAAGGUGGACAGUUACUAUAACCGGAAGUGGAAUGUCGUGAAGGCAACCUUGAAACACAAGUACUUCAAUAAUCCAUGGGCGUACUUCUCUUUCUUUGCUGCAGUUAUUUUGCUACUUCUCACAUUAUUUCAGAGCUUUUUCACUUCUUAUCCCUAUUUUAACCCACCUUCUCCAUAA